AUCGGAAUAAAAAACAUUAAAUUAAAAAAAUCUGCAGCAGAAUAAGGAAUCUCUUAUCAAAUUAUUACAGUGAAAACCUUAAAAGAUGUCAUCACCAGCAUAUGGUGGUGGUGACAUCCGUGGCUUAUCAAAUCCUCUCAUCUCAACAAUGAAUUCACGAAUUUCGUCAUCUCUAACAUCAAGAAACGUAGCAGUGAUCGGGGCUGGAGCUGCUGGUUUAGUUGCAGCUAGAGAGCUACGCAGAGAAGGUCACAAAACAGUAGUCUUCGAACGCAGUAACCAAAUCGGAGGAACAUGGGUUUACGAUCCAAACAUCGAAAGUGACGAUCCAUUAGGAUUAAACCCAUCUCGUAAUAUAAUCCAUACUAGUCUAUACAAAAAUCUUCGAACAAAUCUCCCAAGAGAAUCGAUGGGUUUCCGAGAUUACCCAUUUGUAACCAAAGAUGGGAAUGAUCAAAGAGAUAAUCGAAGAUAUCCUGGUCAUAAAGAGGUGCUAAAUUAUUUGGAAGAUUUUGCUAAUGAUUUUAAACUCAUUGAGUUGAUCCGGUUUGAAACGGAGGUGUUUCAUGUUGGGUUGUUGAAAGAUGAUGAUAAGGAUGGGAAGAAAUGGGUGGUUAGAUCAGCUCAAAAAAUGAGAGGUGGUGCUGGUGACGGAGAAGCCGUGGAUGAGGUUUUCGAUGGUGUGGUUGUUUGUAAUGGCCACUAUACUGAGCCAAACAUUGCUGAAAUUCCAGGUCACUUAACAGUGGGACGGAGGGAGUAUCAAAUAUGUAAGGAUGACAUCUUGCGAGGUAUUGAUGAGUGGCCUGGAAAGCAAAUGCAUAGCCACAAUUACCGUGUUCCUGAGCCAUUUCUUGAUCAAGUCGUGGUCGUGAUAGGAACGUCUGCUAGUGGUCAAGAUAUCUCCAGGGACAUUGCUGAAGCUGCAAAGGAGGUUCAUAUUGCAGGAAGAUCUCUCACUGAAGGGGUGCCUACAAGGCUGCCAGGCCAUGAAAACAUGUGGCUUCAUUCUAUGAUAGAGAGUGCCCAUGAUGAUGGCAGAGUGAUUUUUCAAGAUGGAAGCUCGGUCACUGCUGAUGUCAUUCUACAUUGUACGGGGUACAAAUAUCACUUUCCUUUUCUGGAGACCAAUAAUAUUGUGAUUGUGGAUGAAAAUCGUGUGGGACCUCUUUAUAAGCAUGUUUUCCCACCAUUGUUGGCUCCAGGGCUUUCUUUUAUUGGUUUACCAUGGAAGGUUAUCCCUUUCCCUUUAUCAGAAUUACAAAGCAAGUGGGUUGCUGGUGUCUUAUCUGGUCGGAUUUCACUUCCAUCUCAAGAAGAGAUGAUGGCAGAUGUAGAAGCCUUCUAUUUGGAACUUGAAGCUGCCGGUUUACCAAAACGUUUCACUCAUAACAUGUCAGAUUAUCAGUUCGAGUAUGGCGACUGGCUUGCUGCUCAGUGUGGGUGUACACAUUCAGAAAAAUGGAGAAAGCUUAUGUAUUACGAGGCAUCAAAGAAAAAGAGAAGUCAACCAGAAACUUAUCGCGAUGAAUGGGAAGCCGAACAUUUGAUUUUGGAAGCAUAUGAGUACUUCCGGCAGUGUAUACCAACAUCAGUGCGAUAACGUGGUUACCUUCUCGUACUCAUUGUGCAUGAUACACUGUAAUACUGUAUUGAUUAAUUUUCAAUGGGCUUAGACGUAAACCCAAAACAUUCAAUAGGUCGAUGCCCGUGUGCUGUCAAUGUCAAUCUUGAUUCUUGAGCAAGACGCAUUUUCUUAUUCCUCCCUGGCUAAGAAAAAGAAACAUAUUUUGAGCCA